UGAAAUGAGAAGCAAUAUAUAUGCUUGGAAUGAUGCUAGGAGGAGGAAUGUGUAAUCAGAAUCGGUCUCGUUUGGUUCUCUGCUUGGUUCUGCUCUCUGGGUUCUUCUUGGCGAUAGCCUUUGAAGAGAGUUCAGAAAAAGAUGAGAUUUUUCUUAGCCAAUUCAUGGCUCCAUCAACAGGGCAUGUCAAUGAACAAAUGGUAGAAACAUUAUGGGUGCAACAAUGUUGGCAAGAUCCAGAUUGUGUGAAGGAAGCUGUCGCAGUAUUCAAUUUAUGUUUUCCAGGAUCAAAGAAUAACUUGGAGGAGCUAUUUGGUUUCAUCCCUUCCCAUCUGAAGCAGACCCUUCUUGGUUGUAUCCAACAACAAAAAGAGUUGAAUGGUCAUAACCUCAACCAUCUCAAGCUCUUACCAUCUAUCCUUGAUAAUACUCCCAGGAGAUCUCUAGCUUCUAAAUCGCCACCUCCUGCAAAGCGAAAAGAGGACCAUCAGAAGACAAUCAUCAUCGCUUGUGUUGCCACUGCUGUCUUUACGUUCUUGCUUGCUGCUUGCCUCUUUUUGUGUUGUACCAAAGUUUGUGGAAAAGGUUCAGGAGGCAGGAUCAAUGAUGAAAGGCCUCUUCUUAGUUUAAGCAGUAACGAGUACUCUCUUGGCUCCUCUAACAACUAUGGUGGUUCUGGCAAAGGUCAUCAGUCUUUUAAUGGAAAUAACUCGGAAAAUUUUGUUACAUUAGAGGAAAGGAUGUCACAAGACGGGAUGUUUAAUAGUUUCAACAGCAGUCAUGGGAUUCCACCGUUGAAGUCUCCACCUGGAAGAAAAUCUUCUAAAAUUUCAUGGAAGCCUCCUUCUGGCAAAAAAGUGGAGCCACUUCCACAUGAACCACCCAAGUUUCUUAAGGUGUCAUCUUCAAAAAAGUCUUCUCCUGCUCCACCACCGCCCAUGCCGCCUUCUGCUGGUGGUCCAAGACCACCUCCUCCACCUGGUUCUGGUGGUGGGCCUAAGCCACCUCCUCCUCCUGGACCAAAAGGACCACGUCCACCUCCACCGAUGAUGAGCCGUGGCCCGAAAGCUCCUCCAUUGUCUUCUGGGCCAGCAAGUUCAGGAGAUGAUGAUGCUCCCAAAACAAAGUUGAAGCCGUUUUUCUGGGAUAAAGUGCAAGCAAACCCGGAACAGGCAAUGGUUUGGAAUGAUAUAAGAUCAGGAUCUUUCCAGUUCAAUGAGGAGAUGAUAGAGUCGUUAUUUGGAUAUGCAGCUGCAGACAAGAACAAAAACGACAAGAAGGGAGGCUCACAAGCUGCUAUACCUCAGUUUAUUCAGAUUCUUGAACCAAAGAAAGGACAAAACCUAUCGAUUCUCUUGCGUGCUUUGAACGCAACAACUGAAGAAGUGUGUGAUGCACUUCUUGAAGGAAAUGAGCUUCCUGUAGAAUUCAUUCAAACUCUGUUAAAGAUGGCACCAACACCAGAAGAAGAACUAAAGCUUAGGUUAUACUCUGGUGAAAUAGCUCAGCUGGGAACAGCUGAACGCUUCCUGAAAGCAGUAGUUGAUAUCCCUUUUGCUUUCAAGCGUCUUGAGGCACUUCUCUUUAUGUGUACACUCCAUGAAGAAAUGGCCUUUGUUAAAGAAUCCUUUCAGACAUUAGAGAUUGCUUGUCAAGAACUCAAAGGAAGUCGCCUGUUCCUGAAGCUCUUAGAAGCUGUUCUCAAGACCGGAAACCGAAUGAACGAUGGUACAUUCAGAGGUGCUGCUCAAGCAUUCAAGCUAGACACUCUUUUGAAAUUAGCAGACGUGAAGGGCACAGAUGGCAAGACAACUCUCCUCCACUUCGUUGUCCAAGAGAUAAUAAGAACCGAAGGGAGGAGAGCUGCGCGUACCAUCAGAGAGAGCCAAAGCUUCUCCAGCGUCAAAACAGAGGAUCUAAUGGCAGAGGAAACCACUGAGGAGAUGGAAGAGAAUUACCGCGGUCUCGGACUUCAGAAAGUCUCAGGCCUUAGCAGUGAGCUUGAACAUGUGAAGAAGUCUGCAAACGUGGACGCUGAUAGCUUGACAGGGACUGUUCUCAAGAUGGGACACUCCUUGUCCAAAGCUAGAGAUUUUGUUAACUCGGAGAUGAAGAGUUCGGAAGAGGAGAGUGGGUUUAGGGAAGCUCUUGAGGAUUUCAUUCAGAAUGCUGAAGGAAGCAUUAUGUCGAUUCUUGAGGAAGAGAAGAGGAUCAUGGCGUUGGUGAAGAGUACAGGAGAUUAUUUUCAUGGGAAGGCAGGGAAAGAUGAAGGGUUGCGUUUGUUUGUGAUUGUGCGUGAUUUCUUGAUAAUCUUGGAUAAGUCUUGUAAAGAAGUUAGGGAAGCAAAAGGCAAACAAGUGAAGAUGGCGAGGAAACAGGGGUCAACAGCCUCAGCAGCUUCUGAAAUUCCGAGAACGCCUUCGUUAGAUCCUAGAGAGAAGCUGUUUCCAGCUAUUACUGAGAGACGUGUGGAUCAGUCUAGUUCAGAUUCAGACUAAAAGAAAGUAUAGUAAUCUUGGGUUUUGUUACUUGUGUUAGGACAUGCGGUUUUGCUGAGAGCUUCUGAUGGUAUUUUCUUCUGUUGGGAGUGGAAUGGCAUUAACUUGCAGAGAUGUCAGGUUUUAGUAACUAAUGAUUAGAUGAACAAUGACAAAAGAGUUUUUGAGGUAAAUAGCUGCAGGGAGUCGUUAACUUCGGAUCUACUGACAUUCUCAGCCUUAAUUUUAGAAACACACAUUUUUCAUUUUUCUUCUUCUUGAAUCUUGUUGGAAAUAGAAGCGUCAUCCUUAUGUGUAUGCUUUUGUAACAUAACCAUUUAAUUACAUUAUUUAUUCACUUUUGAACUGAAACUAAAC